CUUUCGAUCCUCAGCUCGCCGCACACACAACCACCCCCAACACAAACACAAUGGGUCACGCAGCCGGUCUUCGCGCGGGUACGCGCUAUGCAUUCUCGAGGGACUUCAAGAAGAAGGGUAUGAUCCCGCUCUCGACCUACCUCAAGCAGUACAAGGUCGGUGAUAUCGUCGAUGUCGUAGCCAACGGUGCGGUCCAGAAGGGUAUGCCUUACAAGGUCUACCACGGCAAGACUGGUAUCGUCUACAACGUCACCAAGUCAGCGGUCGGUGUCAUCCUCCAGAAGCAGGUCGGCAACCGAUACAUGGAGAAGCGCAUCAACGUCCGCAUCGAGCACGUCCGCCACUCGCGCUCACGAGAGGACUUCCUUAAGCGCGUCAAGCUCAACUUCGCCAAGCAACAAAAGGCCAAGGAGACUGGCGAACCCCAGCAGAUGAAGCGCCAGCCCGCCAUGCCCCGUGGCGAGCGCGUCGUCAGCCUCAAGGACAACAAGCCAGAGAACAUCACACCCGUACCUUACGAGACCUACAUCUAAACGUUGCAGAGGUGGUUCGGAUUUGUGGGCUGGCAACAUGGGACACGGAUUGUCAACGGCGUGGUUUCUCGGACUUUUCGAUUAUUCUCUCUUCUGCACUUUCAUACGCAUGGAAAGCGACGAUAUCACGAUGCAGAUAUAGUGGUGUGCCAACAUGGCUUUGAGUGACCCCUCACGCCAAUAGACAUCAUCCUCCAAUCCCAGUUCCAGUCCUUGUCGUGUGUUGCAUUUCUGAUGUAUUUUGGAGUGCGUUUGUCGUUGUAGAGUUAUGAAUACCCUCCAGUAACUACUGGCCCUAUCCAAAUCAUCUACGCUUAGGCCGCAUCGGCGUCUCUGAAUAGCGUCCUACUUUGUAUUCCCGAAGAUGAUGGUCUUGAUACUUGAAUCGUGCUUGUGAUGGAUCAAGGAAGAUGUGGUCUGCCCUGUUUCUCCUCGAC